AUGAACGGCCGAUUGCACAACGAUUUGAAAGAUGCAGAUGUGGAGCAGGGCAACAAGAAUACUGUAAGUUCGUUGCCUGUCACGCCUAACUUUUCAUUACAUCCUCAAUCAGAUUUGGACUUCUGCAAGACUAUUGCAGUACCUGCAAAUGCAAGAUUUGCAGAAGAAGCAAGAGGAUGCUUCUGGGAAGAUGGGGAUGAAGAGAUCAAAUGGACCUCUAUCUACGAAAUCCGUACGAUUUUCUCUCUACAGUAA